AUGACUACUCUCGGGGCUGCGCCCGAAGUAUCGGCCCAACCGAAUCAAUUGGAGGGCUCCUUGAGCGGCGGGGUGCGCCAGACGACUUCUACCCCCUCCAAAUCUCACCAUGCCAUGAUUUCUGAUCUUCCCCCGUCUUUCCCACCUGCUGGCCAGUAUCACACUGCAUACCAGGAUCCCGCAAUUGGGCUCGGGCCUUUCGUCGACAUGGAUGGUUACGGGCCCCCUCGGCGGCAGCAAGGACAGCCGCAGCAACAGCCGCCGCCGCAGCAGCAACAACCACAACAGCAGCGAAUAGCACCAGACCUGGAUGCGUUGUUUGAUGAGCUUGCAUCGCUCGAUGGAGCCGAGAAGCCUGAUAAUCAACCCGAGUUCAUGCAGAACCUAGGGUUUGUAGCCGACCCGGAGAUCUACUCCCUUUUCAAGUCAAAUCGAGCCUUUUCUCCUCGCCCAGACACAACAGAUGCCUGGGAACGGAACUCCGUCCGUCGUACGGCGCGAGUCGCAGCCCCUUAG